UGAAAAAGAAAAAGAACAAUAAACUAACAUAACCUCCAGUCGUCACUCUCUCUCUCUCUCUCAUCUCUCAGUCCCAUGGCUUCUCCAUUUCCUUCUUCACUCAUUUAACCCAUUUUCCCUUCACUCCAAAAUCCUCUUUCUCCGUGCUUCUUCAUAAUAUAGUUUUUCUUCCAUUCGGUCAAAUGCCCGACAGAGAUGGAGCUCCAAAUCCAAAUCCGAACCCUGACAAGCCGGAGAAACCUCCCUUGCUCAAGAAAUCGAAAACCAUCGCCGACAAAACACCUACCGUCGCCCACUUCCCGGGCCCACUUUUCCCCACCGUUCGUCGUGUCUCUUCUACUCCACUAUCCUCCCCCCGCUUCUCCUCUGAAUCUAAUACAUACUCCGCUCCUUCUACCUCCACAUCAACUUCCGCAUCCACGAGUGUUGAUGCAAACUUCGGAUUUGGUGAUCGUGACUACGUUUAUCCUUCUUUUCUGGGACCUCAUACUGCUAGGAGUAGAGUCAACGUCAAGUCAACUUCCAAAUCACAGAGGAAUCAGCUGGAAUUGUCGAAAUUACCCGCUCGUAGCGAGUCUAUGCCGUUGAAUUUGACUAGUGACGAGGGUGGAGCUAAGGCUGAGCCGAAGAUGAAGCCGAAGCCGAAGCCGAAGCUGAAAGCUGAGAGAGAUUUGAAUGCUUUGUCAAUUCAAGUCUCGAAUCCAGCUUCUUCUUCAGCUUUGUCAUCAGAGUCUUCUACUUCAGCUAACUCCUCUAAUGCUCGAAGAGCUUCUGGUCAUAACAGUUCCUGGUUCCUUUUUUUGCUUAAAUUUGUUUGUACAUUAUCAGUAUCUCACACAUUAUAUUUGCAGAAUGAAGUCUCUAAGCUUCAGGAGGAGAAUGUUAGUCUUCGCAGAGUUUGUAGCCAUGUUGAUCUUGCCAGUGCUGGUAUCACAGAGCUAGAAGAAUUUAAUUCACUAGUGUAUUUUGGGAAUGCUGACAGUAGAAUAGUUGCUCUGUACAUGGUGGUUUUCAUCCUCGUUACUCCUUUUGUAUUUUACAAAUAUCUUGACUCUCUUCCGAGAAUAAUUGAUCUCUUAAAGAGGAAAACUACCAAAAAGGAGGAGGUUCCAUUGAAGAAAAGGAUUGCUUACAUGGUGGAUGUGUGUUUCUCAGUUUACCCUUAUGCAAAGCUGCUUGCACUUCUCUUUGCCACUCUCUUUCUAAUUGGUUAUGGAGCAUUGGCACUUUAUGCCGUUGGUGAUGGCAGCUUUACUGAAGCUCUUUGGCUUUCUUGGAGCUUCGUAGCAGACUCUGGAACCCAUGCUGAUAUGGCUGGUGCAGGGCCAAGGAUAGUUUCAGUUUUGAUAACCUCAGGAGGCAUGCUCAUAUUUGCUAUGAUGCUGGGGCUUGUUUCAGAUGCUAUUUCAGAAAAAGUGGAUUCUUUACGGAAAGGAAAGAGUGAGGUGAUUGAAAGUAAUCACAUUCUUAUUCUUGGGUGGAGUGAUAAAUUGGGGUCACUUUUGAAGCAGCUAGCAAUAGCAAACAAGAGCAUUGGUGGUGGUGUUGUCGUUGUGCUUGCGGAAAGAGACAAAGAGGAGAUGGAGAUGGACAUAGCAAAGUUAGAAUUCGACUUCAUGGGAACUUCAGUGAUCUGCAGAAGUGGCAGUCCGCUAAUACUUGCUGAUUUGAAAAGGGUCUCAGUCUCGAAAGCACGUGGAAUCAUUGUCUUAGCAUCUGAUGAGAAUGCUGAUCAGAGUGAUGCACGUGCUUUAAGGGUUGUACUUAGCCUAACUGGAGUAAGAGAGGGGUUGAGAGGUCAUGUUGUUGUGGAGAUGAGUGAUCUCGACAACGAACCGUUAGUGAAGCUUGUUGGUGGUGAACUUAUUGAAACAGUUGUUGCUCAUGAUGUGAUUGGGAGGUUGAUGAUACAAUGCGCUUUGCAGCCUGGCCUUGCUCAGAUUUGGGAAGACAUUUUGGGCUUUGAAAAUGCAGAAUUUUACAUUAAACGGUGGCCUCAAUUGGAUGGUGUACCCUUUGAAGAUGUACUGGUAUCAUUUCCAGAUGCAAUUCCUUGUGGAGUUAAGGUUGCUGCUGAUGGGGGGAAGAUUAUCAUAAAUCCUGAUGAUAGAUAUGUUCUAAAAGAAGGUGAUGAAGUCCUUGUCAUAGCUGAAGAUGAUGAUACCUAUGCACCAGGUCCCUUGCCAGAGGUAAAUAAAGGCCUAUUCCCUAGGAUAGCUGAUCCUCCAAAAUAUCCAGAAAGAAUCUUAUUCUGUGGUUGGAGACGUGAUAUUGACGAUAUGAUUAUGGUGCUAGAGGCAUUAUUGGCUCCAGGGUCUGAAUUAUGGAUGCUUAAUGAGGUUCCUGAGAAAGAUAGAGAAAGGAAGUUGACUGAUGGGGGCCUUGAUAUCUCAGGACUGGAGAACAUAAAACUUGUCCAUCAUGUGGGAAAUGCAGUGAUUAGACGUCAUUUGGAGGGUCUUCCUUUGGAGACAUUUGAUUCGAUUCUGAUUCUUGCAGAUGAAUCUGUUGAAGACUCCAUUGUUCACUCUGAUUCACGGUCUCUUGCCACCCUCCUCCUCAUCCGAGAUAUCCAGUCGAAGCGUCUUCCUAAUAAAGAUUCUAGGUCGAUUCCUCUACGGCAUUCUGUGUUUUCUCAGAGCUCCUGGAUUCGUGAAAUGCAGCAGGCGUCAGACAGAUCAAUAAUAAUAAGUGAGAUAUUGGAUUCUAGGACAAGAAAUCUUGUUUCAGUCUCUCGAAUAAGCGAUUACGUGCUAUCAAAUGAACUGGUGAGCAUGGCACUUGCAAUGGUAGCAGAAGACAAACAGAUUAAUCGUGUGCUAGAAGAAUUGUUUGCGGAAGAGGUAUUUGUUUUUACCUUUAUUUACUUAUAUUCUGAAUGCAUGCUUUAAUAUAGUGUACGAUUUUAUAUGUAUUAUCACUCAGCCUUUUCAAGAAUAGAAUGUGUAUGAAAAAAAACAUUGAAGUGAGUGAUAAGCUAAAUUGUGGUGGAAUGGCAAGGCAUGGCAUUCAGCUAGGUAUUCUACUAGGAUGCAUUUACUUCUAGCUGAUACGAGACAAGCUAGUCUUUCCUUCCUCUCUCAUAUUCAUCAUGACAGAGCCGGGUUUUGACCGG